AGUGUGGGGCAAGGAUUCAGUGGCGGCUUAGCAGCAGCUGCUGUACCCCUUAACACUGAAAGUAGCAGGGGUAAAGUGAAGGGCCUACGCCUAAUGGAAUUUUAAAGGUCCCUGCCUCAGCCCAGCACGCGUGCCAGCCUUCAGUGCCGCCCAGACAUGUGUUGCACUGUGGUGCUGAGGUAAGCAGCGUGCAAGAUGCAGAGUGAAACCCUGAAGCACGUGAGGGUGGGCAGGAGGCUGCUGAUGAGCACCUGUGCCUGGCUGCGCUACACACACCCCUGUGCCUUCUCAACAUGGAGAAUACUUCACCAGAACCAUUACGAAGUGCUGGGGCUGGAGAAGACCUGCUCACCUGUUGAGAUUAGGGAACAGUUUAUUCGUCUCUCCAAAGAGUGCCAUCCGGACACAAACCCAGCAUCUGAGUGUCACAAGGAGUUUGUAGCAAUAAAUGAAGCUUACUCUGUGCUCAGCAAACCAGGCCUGCGGAGAGCCUACGAUGCUGAGCUGCAGGCAAGGCGCGUCAGCCCAGAGAUGCACACCUAUGGGGACAUCAAGACCAAUGCCCCCAUGGGGAAUGUAGUGUUUCACGACGACUCCCUGUGGGAACACCGGGAUAAGACAGAGUUCUACAAGAACAAAGACCGCCCUUACUACGGGGUCAAGGGCGUCAAGAAGCUGCCAAACUCUUACAUUGCUGCCGGGGCCGUCAUCUUCAUGGUGGUGGGCGCUUCCUUCUACUUCUACAUCGCCAAGACGUCCUCUGACUAUGCCAUCGAGCAACUCAACAUCCGGGACAGACUCGCCAGCCAGCACCACUCUGCAGUGAGGCAGAAAGCGAUGGCUAACGGGAAUGAGGUACAGAUGGCGCUGCUCAGACAGAGGAUUGAGGAAGCUGACCACAACAAGUGAGGAGUCGCUGCCAAGCCAAGAACAAAGUGGCUGAGUGGUCAAGGCAUGGGGAAAGAGAAUAAGGGAAAUAGAAAGUAACAGAAAACAGUGAAAAGUGAACAGAUCCAAAGACCCUGACAGCAUGAAACACAAAUCAGGGAGAGCCGCUGAAAAGGCCAUUCCCCCGACCCACAACUGAACUGAAUGGGUCUGUAUGGCGGCCAUUACCAUCACUCUGUGGAAUCUCAAAUGUUCCAGGAUUGUAAAGUGUUUCAGCCCAACCAGCUACUGAGUAUCAGUAAUUUGUAACAUAUCCGCUGUGUAAAUAAUUAUUUUUUGACAUACUGUGGUCGUAAUCAUCUCAAAAUGUUUCCUGGUUGUGUUGUUGCGAGGUGUCCUGUUGCUGCUGCCCUGUGGGACCCUCUCGUGGCCACCUUGAUAGGGAUAGCUGGUGCCUGGCUCUCGACUCGACUGACUGACUGAAAGCUUCCUGGUCACUGUGUGUGUGUGUGUGUGUGUGUGUGUGUGUGUGUGUGUGUGUGUGUGUGUGUGUGUGUAUGCAUUUGUGUGUGUUUUUGAUAUAGGUGAACAUAUUUUAAUACAGCAAUCACAGCACAGAAUACUUACAUACUACUUUACCUGCAUAUUUAGUCACCACCAUACAAGCAUACUCAACAUGCCAUGCACACACCACCAUUGAAGCAUCAAGGUGUGGUGUUGGUGGGGUUGCCAUUGGAAGCUGUGGUGUGGUGGUGUGGUAGUGUGGUGGCGUUCAUGUACACUUCACUCCACUCAGGGCAGUGUCCAUCAAGACGGCGCUAGACUCCAGUGUUUCUUGUCUCACUACCUCAAGUAAAACCCUACUCAUUGAUACCUGAGGCCUUAAGGUGCAAUUAAUAACUACAUAACACUUAUAUGGCACAAAAAACAGUAAAAAACAGCCACACCCUCCUACAGCGUAUUGUGGGUGUUGUGGCGCCAGUCCUGCCAUGUGGGUGGUGUUGUGGGGUGUGUCCUGAGUGUAUGUGGUGUUGUGGGGUGUGUUCUGUGUGUGGGUGGUGGUGUGGGGUGUGUCCUGUGUGUGUGUGUGGUGUUGUGGGGUGUUUCCUGAGUGUAUGUGGUGUUGUCGGGUGUGUCCUGGGUGUGGGUGAUGUUGUGGGGCAUGUCCUGGGUGUGGGUGUGGUGUUGUCAGGUGUGUCCUGGGUGUGGGUGGUGUUGUGGUGUGUGUCCUGGGUGUGGAAGUGUAUCAGGAUCAAUAAUCAUUACUACAAAGUCUCAUAUAUUUUCUCACUAGGAACUUUAAAGUGUUAGGAGAAUGAAUGUAAAAUGAGGCACAUAUUUACUUUGGAGUGUAGAUAGGAAAUAUUUAUUUUAUUGAGUUAAAAUAUAUAUUGUGUUUGUCAUUCUAGUGAAUAAGCACUCUAAAUUUUCUUGUAAAUACUGAUAAUGUUGCUGCUUGUGAUGUGAUGCUUGUGUUUGCAGGACAUAGGAGAUAGCUUGUGUCUGCAGCAGGACAUAGGAGAUGGCUACCAGUCCUUCCUUGGGGUUUAAGAAUGAGGCAGGACUGUAAGAGGCUAUGUCUUCAAGGUUUUCAUAAGCUGUAGAUAGGAAACAGUUAUCAGAUCUUCCUCAGGUUUUCAGGAUCUGGCAGGAGUGUAAAAAUAACAAUGUUUUUGAAGUUUUUAUAUAAAUAGGAAACAGUUAUUAGUCCUUGAGAUCAUAACUCUCACUGCCUGUGACACUAUGAUAGUUGCUCCUUCAUGUGAGUGCACAAAACUGAACUGAGGAAAACUGAAACUAUUGAAAUAUUUGAACUCUGUGAUACAUUAUGAAAUCACACAGCAGUUUUGCACCAGACCAUUUUAUGAACCUUGAUGCAAAAACCACAGCAGCCAAAGGGGUUUGCAUCAAGCUGGACUUAGAGUUUGGCGUAGGAGUGUCCGAGGGAGGGACAGCACGAUAGCACUCCAGAUGUGACUUGCCAAAUCUCAGUGACUACCUAACAAAUGUUUGACUCCUUGCCAUCAGUGAGGUAUUAGGAUGACAGAGGCACCUGUAGGCAUGAAGGAAGUGAAUGAUGGCCCCUCACACCAACCAGCCAGCCAGUGGUGACCUCAGCCUCCUAGCAGUGUCUACCUAACUGACUCCUUGCCAUACAUUUAGAGUGUUGGAGGCUGAGGGGACCAUGAACUGAGUGGCUGUUCCCUUGUACCAAAUAACCAAUGACAAUGCAACUCAUGAAGACAACCAAGCAUCACUAACCUCACUUCUGACCUACUGAAACACCUCCUCCUCCUCCUCCUCCUCCUCCUCCUCCUCCUCCUCCUCCUCCUCCUCCUCCUCCUCCUCCUCCUCCUCCUCCUCCUCCUCCUCCUCCUCCUCUUCCUCCUCCUUGACAUUGAAAAUACUCAGUCAAUGUAAGUACAAACACACAUUGGGUAUUCUGUGGUCAGCCUAUAAGGAAGAGAGAAUAUAUUAUGUUGGAAGUGAUAGACAGAGAUAGUGUGUGUGUGUGUGUGUGUGUGUGUGUGUGUGUGUGUGUGUGUGUGUGUGUGUGUGUGUGUGUGUGUGCUAGUGUGCAGUGACUGAGCUUUACAUGUUUCCUGCCUCUGUUAUCUCAUCUAUACUCAGUUUCAGGUAUCUAUAUUUUUAUAAGCUGUUCCUUUUUUUUUUUUUUUUUUUUCUUCCUUCCCUCUGCACAUUGCACAAACGUUUUCCUUUUCUCAGUUACUUAUAUUUUGUGAACCUUUAGUCUCAUCUUGUCCUAACAAUAGUACAUAUUUUCUGUCUGUUUCUAGCUGUCCAUUCAUUGAUGCAUAUAUUGUUAAGGCGUAUAUAUGUGUGUGUGUGUGUGUGUGUGUGUAUAGUCAUGAAGUGGCUGUUCCUCUUCCUCCUUUCUUCCUCUUCCUCUUCCUCCUCCUCUCUCAACACUUGAUCCCAAUUCUCUUUCCCUCUCCUCUUACAACUUUUCCUCCUGUCAGACUGCCCCAUCUUUCCUUCCCUCCUCUCUUCCUCUUUCCUCACUCUUUACCUCUCCUCUCUCCCUCCUCCCUCCUCCCUCAUUCCUCUUUCUACCUCCUCUCCUUCGCUCUUGUACCUCUUCUCUCCACCCUGUCUCCUUUCUCUUUCUACCUCCUCUCAUUUCCUUCUUUCCUCCACUGCCUCCUCUGUAUAAAAUCCUGGCAGUUUUUCUUCACCAGUCCACAGUCUUUGUUACACUCGGUCCAUCCCGACGCUCAGUGAAAUGAGUGAAGGUUAGGCAUUGCUUGGUUGCCUACUCGUGUAUAUCAAUAAAAUGUACUGUACUAA